AUGUUCAAUUUAUUGGCCCUAAAUUACACGCAUCGCCAUCUCCAUUUUCGAAUCGUUUUCUCGGUCGUUUUGAAAACGCUGUAUUUCUUUAACGGGCCACCAUCUCCUGUAAAGUUUCUCGAAUUUCUGAUUGAGAAAUUGUCCGGCUCGUCGCCUAGUGAAGCUGUUAAGGCAAUGGGGACUUCUGAGACUGUGCUGGUGGCAGGAGCAACUGGCGGUGUUGGCAGACGAGUGGUGGAUAUAUUGCGCAAGAAGGGGAUUCCGGUUCGAGUGUUGGUCAGAAAUGAAGAGAAAGCAAGGAAAAUGCUUGGUCCAGAUGUUGACUUGAUUGUUGGGGACAUUACAAAAGCAAGCACAUUGGUGCCCGAGCACUUUAAAGGCAUACGAAUGGUGAUUAAUGCCGCAUCUGUCAUUGUUGGCCCAAAAGAAGGUGAUACUCCUGAUAGGGCCAAGUAUAGCCAGGGAAUCAAAUUCUUUGAACCUGAGAUUAAAGGCGAUUCCCCUGAAAUGGUGGAGUUCAUUGGGAUGAAAAAUCUGAUCAAUGCUGUUAAGGAAACUGUUGGACUUCGUAACGGGAAACUAGUUUUUGGAUUCGAAGACAAUUUAUCGAGAGAACUAGCUUGGGGUUCAUUGGACGAUGUUGUCAUGGGAGGAGUUAGUGAGAGUACAUUUUUCAUAGAUCAUAAGGGAGGUGAAAAUGGUGGACCCGUAGGAAUUUUCAGAGGAGUUGUUUCUACUGCUAACAACGGAGGUUUUACCAGUAUUAGAACAAAAAAUUUCACAGUACCAGAGGAUUUAUCGGCAUAUGAGGGUCUCGAAUUACGUAUUAAAGGUGACGGUCGUCGAUAUAAACUCAUUAUUCGAACUAGCCGUGAUUGGGACACUGUUGGGUACACAACAGGGUUCGACACAGUAAAGGACCAAUGGCAAUCGAUUCGCAUGCCGUUCUCUUCGUUGAGGCCUAUAUUUCGAGCACGGACAGUAUCUGAUGCGCCGCCUUUCAAUCCCAGUGAAAUUGUUUCUUUGCAGCUCAUGUUCAGCAAGUUCGAGUAUGAUGGAAAGUUAAACCCGACUUUUGUGGAAGGCCCUUUUCAGCUUCCAGUAUCGAGCAUACGGGCCUAUCUAAAAGAGCCAAUCACUCCCAGGUUUGUGCAUGUAAGCUCGGCUGGGGUCACUAGACCUGAAAGGCCGGGCCUUGAUUUGAGCAAGCAGCCUCCAGCUGUUCGUCUGAACAAAGAACUCGGUUUCAUUCUCACGUACAAAUUGACGGGGGAAGAUUUGAUAAGAGAAAGCGGGAUACCGUAUACAAUCGUGAGGCCGUGUGCUUUAACCGAAGAACCUGCUGGGGCUGAUCUCAUCUUUGAUCAAGGAGACAACAUAACAGGGAAGAUCUCCCGGGAGGAGGUUGCUCGAAUAUGCAUUGCUGCACUAGAAAGCCCAUAUGCUUGUGACAAGACAUUUGAGGUUAAAAGUGUCGUCCCGUUCAGCGAGCCAUACACGGUGGACCCGGAAAAUCCUCCUCCAGAAAAGGAUUACAGUGUCUUCUUUAAAGCUCUGAAAGAAGGGCACGGGGCGCGUGGGCGCAGGCGCAGGCGCAGGCGCGAGCAAGUGCAUAAGUCCGGACCCGGCCAUGGCCCGAGAUAG